UUCAGAUCCCUCUCCUCCCCCCUCAGCUCCAGCAGCGCUAACAGAACCAGCCUCCAACCCGAACCGAACCAAACUACCGAAAUGUCUCCACCAUCCAGAAGACUGCAGACCAAACCGGUCAUAACAUGCCUGAAAACCUUCCUCAUAUCCUACAGCCUCAUUUUCUGGUUCACAGGAGUGAUUCUGUUGGCAGUGGGCGUAUGGGGAAAAGUUAGUUUGGAAUCCUAUCUCUCCCUGGCUUCGGACACCAGUACCAACGCGCCAUAUGUCCUCAUUGGCACAGGAGCCAUCAUCGUCAUCUUUGGCCUAUUUGGUUGCUUCGCUACCUGCCGUGGUAGUCCAUGGAUGCUGAAACUGUACGCCAUGUUCCUGACUCUGGUGUUCUUGGCUGAACUUGUUGCAGGCAUUUCAGGCUUUGUUUUCAGACAUGAGAUCAAAGCAGUGCUCAGAGACGCCUAUGUGAAGGCUGAAAAUAGCUAUAACUCUACAGAAAGUAAAAGGGUGGCCUUGGAUACUAUCCAGAGAACUCUGAAAUGCUGUGGGGAGUAUAACUACACUAGUUGGACUCACACAUCAUACUUCAAUCAGAGUGGCAUUCCCGAAAGCUGUUGCAUGCCAUUGCCUAACUGCACUGCUAAUAACCUCAAAGACCUGAACUUGGCCCAGACGGUUAUAUACCAAAAGGGCUGUUUCUCCCUGGUGACAACUUUGUUGGAGGAUAAUUUGGGAAUCAUUGCUGGAAUAUCCUUUGGAAUUGCAUUCUUCCAGCUUAUUGGUGUGUUCCUGGCAUGCUGCUUGUCUCGCUACAUUACCAACAACCAGUACGAAAUGGUCUAGGAGUCUUCGGAUGCAGACAUGAGGUCACCGAAAAUGGCAACUGACACAAAGGGAAACCCUGUACUUUUAGUAUUGCGUGCGCAUGUCUUGCUUUAAUCCAUUUCAUUUUAGAAAAUCCUCCAGCUGCUUUUAUUAAAAAAAAUAGUGUUUCUCAUUGGUAACUAGAAUGAAGGGAACAUAAUUGAUUUGAUUUGAUAGAUAAGGGAUCAGUUUAUUUUUUCACAGUUACGUUUCUGUGUGUUUUGUUUGUUUGUUUAGUGAGUAAAUGGACGGUAAGGAAUAGAUCACAGCGGGUAUAGCAUGUGUGAGUUUUAGCCAGUGUUAAUCCAUCAGUUCCAACAGAUGAUGAUGAUAUUAACGUGCUAAAACUCAGUGUUAUUUAGUAUACAGUAAUAAUAAUACGUUUCUCACAGUGUUGUGAAUUGCUGUUCAUGAUAAUUAACUUUAGUUUAAAACCAAAUUAUGUGAAAUGAGGGAUACCAGUUGUUGUUAUUAUGAGGUUAUGUAUUUUGAAUGUGAUGUUAUAAUGUGACCAUAUACACCCCAGCCUUAUUCUUAUUAUAUUGAAAUGCCUUACAAUUGUGGAUCAGGAUUUGCUCUUUUUAAGGGUCUAUGUUUAAUACAGUGGGAAGUUAUAGCUGGACGAUAUAGACACAAUUUAUAUCACAAUAUUUUUCAGAAUUUCUGUUGAUGAUAUAUAAUUCUGAUAUUCCAAAUAUAACCCACAGAAACUGUUAUGGACACAUUUGUAUAUUGUGAUAUACAGUUCCAAGUAGAUUCAUUUCUUUUUCGUUAUUUUAAAAUGUUCUGCAUUGUAGAUUAAUAUUAAACUCAUUCAAACUAUGAAGAAAAACAUAUGGAAUUAUUUAGUAAACAGAAAGUGUUACUUAAAAGUUUUGCCUCUUAAUGUUAGUUUGAGAGCAUCAGUUGUAAAGUAGUGAAGAGGUAGUAAUGUUCUAAUUCAUAUUAAGAGAAGCAACAACUACUCAACUAAAUAAAGGGGAAAAAGAGUUUUAAGAUAAAAUUCAAGAACCUUGAAAUGAUCUCAAGUGCAGUCACCGCAAAAAACAUCAAAAAUGUUAUGAUGGUGGAACUGGCACUCAUCAGGUCCGCCCCAGUAAAGAAAGAGCAAAAGCCUCAGAGUUACCAGCCUCAGAAACUGCAAGUUAACAGCUCUCCAGAUAAGAGCACCCAAAUACAUCACAGAGUGUUUUGGUUUGUUUAACACUUUUAAGUUACUACAUGAUACUUUAUUCCGUAUUUCUUCCUACAGUCUGGAUGACUUUACUAUUAAUUUACAAUGUAGGAGGAAGAAAAAUGAAAACAUUAACUAAAAAGUUGUCCAAAGCUUUGAUUGGUACUGUAUAUUGACAUUUGAAUUAUUGUCCAGCUCUAUUUAAAGGAUAAAUAAUGCUGUAGUUCUUGCCUUAGUGUUUAAGAAUAAGAAUGACUGCGUGAGAAAUGUAUGCCUUGCUUUUGUUAUUAAUUGAGGAACAGCUUUACGACACUAAUAUAGUAGAAAAUGCACACUCCCUGCCAUUCACCCAUUUAUAAUAUCGACGGACACCCCUGACCUGAGGGUGUGGAAGAGUUUGUGCCAUUCCUAAAAUCAUUCCAUUACUCCAUUAUAUGUAAUACAGGGCUACAGUAUAAACAAGUGGAUCCUUGUAAUAGUUUCUCCUUUUUGUUUGUUUCUUUAGUUUAGUUUAGUUUUGUUUCCGGAACACUGGUAUUUAUCUGCAGCCAUCUCACAUCAUGUUCCAAAUUUUUCGACUGAAUUUCAAAUGUUCAUAUGUCUAAAUGAUGUUGAUAACUUUGCAUGUUCACUUUGUAGCCUACAUACAUAAUAUCUGUGCAAAUUCAGUGUUAAUAGCUUGUUGUUUGUUUGUGGAAAGCAUGUAAAAUACUUGAAAAAAUAAAGAAAUGUUAACUUA